AUGUUUGCACCACCUUAUGGACGAAAGACGAAAGGACUAGUACACAUGGACUUGGCGUGGGUGAAGAGGCCGCGGAGUCACCUUGCGGCAACCUUUCCGGCACUCAAUCCCAUCGCCGCGACCUACUACAUGAAGAGACUACGGAGUCGCCUUUCGGCAACCUCCCCAGAACUCCCCGCACCCACCGCUACACACUACGACAAAAACAAAAACCACACUAAACAUUGGGAGCAGAGCUGCAGCCCGGCACAGGGGAGCCACCUCUCCGUGACCUCCCCCGCCCCCGACUGCAGUCCACCUCCAGCCACUCGGGGCUAUCGGGAGCCCUCCCGACAGGGGGCCCCGAAGCCUGCACGCGCUCCGCAGCAGGAGCGCCAACUGGGGCAGCCCCGAUCUCCAAAGGCCGUCCCCCAACAGGACGACCCGGAGCCUGGCGCCCGCCAUCCACCCCGGAAACUGAGGGCCUCAGGCACCCCUGAGCCCCCAACGAGUGGGCCGCCGACACCCCCCUGUCCGAACAAAUCGGACAGCGGGGAGUGGCGCCACAGACCGCCGCGUGAUGUCCCGACACGCCGCAACGAUAGCAGCGGUCGGAACGAUCGACUCCCCCCGAGCAUCGAUGACGAGUAUGCCCCACCUCAAGGCAGCGGAAGCACCGAAGGGGCGGGCGCCAAGCAGCUCCACCCCCAACAUCCCCCAGCCCACCUUGAUACUACCCGCGGAUACAGCUUUGCGCGCCGUUGCCACCGGGCAACGCACCCACACCGUGCUCCAGGGAGAGCCCCGAGGAGUCCGGAUCUCUCCGAUCCGAACAUCCCCGGACGAGCAUCCCCCCAGAGACACCAGGGCGCCGCGGAUAUCUUCCCGAGAAGCGAUUCCCUCCCCCAUAGUCCCACGGAUCCGAAGAUCCAUGGUUUUUUGGGGCGGGAGAUCACCACGUCCUCUCGAUCCGCGAAAACACCACGGAUGCGACCCGCCAGGAGGUCCGCCUUUUCACCAGUGUUUCCACCAGGGAUUUGCAAGAGCAAGCCCCCAGUGGCGGUGAACCUCAUGUUCAGCGGAAAAAUGCCGAGUUCCUCCAAGCUGAUGCACUCCCCGGCCUCCCGCAAAAUCUCCGCAUAUGACCUCUUGUCACCGACAGAGGUCACAUGCACCGCCGCUGAGUUGGGCUGCCGAAGCCGUCUCGGGACCCUUCUCUUCCGCAUAACCGACCUUGGACGCGGAACCUCGGCUAGACCCCCCCGGGGCCCAAUGCCCCCAACCCCCCCAGCGGCCAAAUUAGCCACCGACAGGGACGGAGACCCAACCCCCGAGAAGGAGACCACCCUCCUCGCACCCCGACCCCGUCUCCCACGCACAGGCGUCGAGAGGACGGGGGAAACCUCCUUAACCGGGAGGGCAGCGGCAGAGGACCCUACCUCCUCCCCCCGGGAAACCAAGGAGGACCUGAGGGACUCCAUAGCCCGCCUCAGGCCCUCGACCGCCCCGGCAACUCGCUUCUCGAUGAGGAGAUCCACCCGCGCCAGCAGCUGCUGGUGUGGAUCCUCCUCACCAAGAUCUAUCCCGCACGAAGUGCUCCAAAUUUCCGCCGCUGUCCUACCAAGCGAAGGCUGUCCCUUCUCAGAGACAACAGCCCCACCAGGCAGUUCCGACCCAUGCAUCAUCACCCGUCUGCGGGCAGCCGUAUUCCUCUUUUUAAGAGGCGCCUCCUUCUCCCCAGAAGAGGGAGAAAGCGCAGCCACUCUCCUAUUCGCCUCUAACAGCUCAUGA